ACGGUCCCUAUAAAAACAAUUUCUCUCUAACCUUCAACACUUAUUGCCUCUUUAUUAUUCCAUUUCUUGUUGUUGAGCACGAAACCACCACAACAUGACAACACCUCCACACUCCAUAGCUUAUAUCAUGGGCGUGGCUCACAGCUUCUUCAAGAUCUAGAAGCAAAAGUUUGGAUCUUUAAAAAAAAAGUGAGUCAGAAAAACCAAAAGAAAAUGGGAAGCAAAUGGAGGAAAGCCAAGCUUGCUCUUGGGUUGAAUACUUGUCUUUAUGUUCCUCAAACUAGAGAAACCGGAGAGGAAUCGUCUCCCUCUUCAAACGACGUCGCUGCAUCUAGGUUCUCCGACGCCGUUUCGUCCUCCUCUAUGAUUUCUCCGACUGGUCUUGGCUCUGAUUGCCGACCCACCACGCCCACCCCGUCCUCUUCGGGCCUCCGGUUGCCCAAAACUGGCACCAAGUCCUCCAAGAGAACGUGCGCAAUAUGCUUGACCACCAUGAAAACAGGACAGGUUACUUCUAAUGUAAAACAUGGAAACCAAGUUUGUCCAGUUUGCAGAGCAAAGUGGAAAGAAAUCCCCUUUCAGAGCCCUGCUUCUGAUCUUUCACGUGGUAUUUCAAGAAUUAACCCUGUUGGUUGGCCCCAAGAUGAUGCAUGGAUGACUGUUUUACGACAAAUUCCUCCCCCACGCAUAGAUGCAAAUCGGCCAAUUUCAUCACUCUUUCACACUCCUGAACCGGUUAUCUUUGAUGAUGAUGAAAGCUUAGAUCACCAACCUGAGGUUUCUAAGAAAAGUGCAUCCGUUGAGGAUUCUUGUGAUAACAAUUCCAUUGGAAUGAUAGAGGUCAAAACAUUUCCUGAAGUUCUGGCAGUUCAAAGAUCAGCCUCUCAUGAUAACUUCACUGUUCUAAUCCAUCUUAAGGCUCCUCUUACAAGUGGAAGACAUAAUAGCAGCAGAAACCAGACACUGCUGCCAGUAUUUGAAAAUUCCCGUGUUCCAGUAGAUCUUGUGACAGUGCUUGAUGUCAGUGGCAGCAUGGCAGGUACGAAGCUUGCUUUGCUGAAACGAGCCAUGGGAUUUGUGGUACAGAACCUUGGUCCCUCUGACCGGCUCUCUGUCAUUGCCUUCUCCUCUACAGCCCGCCGGCUUUUCCCCCUUCGUCGGAUGACUGAAACUGGACGGCAACAGGCAUUGCAGGCUGUAAAUUCUCUGGUUUCGAAUGGUGGGACAAACAUUGCCGAGGCUCUUAGGAAAGGUACCAAGGUGUUAGUAGACCGCAAGUGGAAAAACCCAGUUUGCAGUAUCAUACUACUAUCUGAUGGGCAGGAUACAUACACUGUCACUAGUCCUGGUGGGGUCCAUCCCCGAACAGAUUACCAAUUACUUCUCCCAGUCUCUAUCCGUCGCAAUAAUGGAGCAGGCUUGCAGAUUCCAGUUCACGCAUUUGGAUUUGGUGCAGAUCAUGAUGCUGCCUCAAUGCAUUCAAUCUCUGAGAUUUCUGGAGGAACAUUUUCUUUCAUAGAAGCUGAGGGUGUGAUUCAGGAUGCAUUUGCACAGUGUAUUGGGGGCCUUUUGAGUGUGGUAGUGCAAGAGCUGCUGGUCAGAAUCGAGUGUGUUCACUCGAGUUUACAACUGGGUUCAAUUAAAGCAGGGAGUUACAGAACCAGCAUGAUGGCUGAUGCAAGAAUGGGUUCUGUUUCCGUUGGGGACCUGUAUGCUGAAGAAGAAAGGGAUUUUUUGGUGACAAUCAAUAUUCCAGUUGAUGCGUCCAGUUAUGAGAUGUCGCUGGUAAAGGUUAGCUGUGUUUACAGAGACCCCAUUACAAAAGAAAUGGUGAAUUUGGAAGAAGCCAGUGAAGUCAUGAUCCAAAGGCCUGAAGUGGUAGGACAAUUAAUAGUGUCAAUGGAAGUAGACAGGCAGCGGAAUAGACUUCAUGCAGCAGAAGCAAUGUCUGAGGCUAGAGUUGCAGCUGAGAAUGGUGAUUUGGUUGGUGCAGUCUCUGUCCUGGAGAGCUGUCGUAGGACAUUGUCUGAAAGUGCCUCUGCACGAGCUGGUGACCGCCUUUGUGCUUCACUUUCUGCUGAGUUAAAGGAGAUGCAAGAAAGGAUGGGAAACCGCCGUGCAUACGAGGAAUCGGGAAGGGCUUAUGUUUUAUCAGGAUUGAGCUCACACUCAUGGCAGAGGGCAACUGCGCGAGGUGAUUCUACAGAUAGCACCAGCCUAGUUCAAUCUUACCAAACCCCGUCGAUGAUUGACAUGGUGACACGGUCUCAGACCAUGUUAUUAGGGAACCCAUCGCCUCGACGAACCCUCAGCACUACUCAGUCAUUUCCCGCCAAAUCACAGCCACGUUAAUCAUCAAAAGUGGCAGUCUCCUCACCCUACAUAUUUUCUUCAUUAAUGGACCUUUUUGUUUCUCUCUUAAUAUUCUUCUUUUUGUGGUUUUGGGGAGUUGGGAUAACUGGGAUACAGAGGAAUUUUGGGUGUUUUAACUAGGGGGAGUAUAUUUGGUUGUUUUGUCAUGUACAUUAAUAAGAAUUGGGUAAAUGGGGAUGAGAACAAUUGUGAACAAGAGGUGUUGGGAGUUAGGAUCUAUAUAUUGUGAUUUUGGGUGAUGUACAUGUAGGAGGGGGUUUUCUUUUGUUUUUUUGUUUUAUUUUUUCCAAUUCUGAGAAGAGAAGGGGGGGGUAUAGCCUUUGUAAUUGUGGGGAUACUUGGGGUGAAUUAUUCACUUGAAUAUAUGAUAUGGUAUUCUACUC